AGGAUCACUCAUGACUUUGUUUGAGGGGCGUUUCGGUCACUGACUAGAGAUAUUCAGGAAAUGUGAAGUGGGUCAGAGGAGGACAAGAUGAGGCCCUGAUGUAUUCCUAAGUUCAUUCAGUGGGAGUACUGAGUUAAAUUUGAUUUCAUGUGUCAAAUUCAUCUGGAAAACACUGAAUAAAAGGAUUCUGCUCUCUUUUAGUUGCCAAGAUGCCUGAACAAGGGCAAGAGAGGAAGUCCAAGAUCUCAGCCUCAAGAAAGCUUAUGCUAAAGAGUCUGAUGGUGGCCAAAGCCAAGGAGGAGCUGGAUCAGGAGGUGUUGGAUAAAGAGGAGGAGAAGCAGAGGUAUCUGAUGGAGAAAGUUCCUCCUCUGCAGACACAGGGCAUGUCAUUCGCUGAGCUUCAGGAACUCUGUCAAGAGCUCCAUGCGAAGAUUGAUGUGGUGGAUGAGGAGCGCUAUGAUAUAGAAGCCAAAGUCUUACUGAAUAAGCGUGAGGUCAAAGACCUGAACAUUAAGGUUCUGGACCUGAGGGGGAAGUUCAAGCGGCCCACCCUGAGGAGGGUGAGGGUCUCAGCAGACGCCAUCCUCCGAUCUCUCCUGGGCUCAAAGCACAAAGUCUCAAUGGACCUACGAGCCAACCUCAAAUCUGUGAAGAAAGAGGAUACUGAGAAGAAGAGGCCAGUUGAGGACAGCGACUGGAGGAAGAACGUGGAGGCCAUGUCUGGUAUGGAGGGAAGAAAGAAGAUGUUUGAUGCGGCAAAAGGCCCCACCCAGUGAAACCUUGUCUAGUACAGUUAACAAUCUACGUAUUAUUUGGCAGCAAAAAAAAAAAAAAAGGAUUAGAUUUAGAGUUACAUACUAAAUAUACCAUUAAAUACCAGAUAUACUGUUAUUUCAGAUUUUGUUGGUAUGACAAUUGUAAUUCGUUGCAACUGCUCAGCA